AUGGAUUCCAAAGCUGGUCACAUCAAAGUCGCAAUCAGGAUUAGACCUCUGCUGGAUAUGGACAUAAAUUCUGCUCUUACAUUUACAAUAGAUGAUGUAACACUUAUAUAGAAUAAGUCCAUCAAAGUAAACUACGAAGAUCAAGAAAUAUAUUAUUUCCAAUACCAAAAAAUCUUUAUAAUCUAAAAAUUCCUUUUUUUAUAAAAAAUAAGCAUUUUUUUAAUUAAAAAUCAUUUAAAUAUCAAAAAUAAGCAUAUCUGGAACAUAUGAUAUAAUUUUUAGCCCAAAAGCAACCCAAGACACAAUUUUUGAAUUUAUUGAGCCUGUGCUCCAAGAUACACUAAAAGGAUCCAACUUAACUGUUUUCACCUACGGCCAAACCGGUUCCGGAAAAACGUACACUAUGUUUGGGAAUGACUGGGAAUGUACCACUUAUUCACAGUUAUCCCGAUGCACACACAAUCAAAACGAAUACGCCACAAACCGAAUAGGUAUGAUCCCAAGGUCCAUUUCUUCGCUUUUUAAUGAAUUUGAAAACUCUUCUGCCUCCUUUAGUAGCAGUUUUUUACAAAUUUAUAACGAGCAUAUUUAUGACCUUUUAAGAGACCCUAAAAGAGAUACAGCACUAAAAAUCAGAGAAGACAAAGUCCAUGGCAUUUUUAUUGAAGGUCUUUCAGAAUUUGAAGUAGAAACUGAAGAGGAAUGCUUAAUUUUGUUAUCAAAAGGAAACCGUCACAAAGCUAUAAGGCAAACACGCAUGAACCAAAGCAGCAGUCGGUCUCAUACGAUUUUUCAAAUUUUUAUUGAAAAUAACCAAAGUGACAGUUUAAGGAGAAAUAAAAUCAAUUUUUGUGAUUUAGCAGGGUCUGAAAAAUAUGAUAAAGAAAACUCAAUGGCGGAAGAGCAUAUAAAUGAACUCAAACAGAUUAAUAAGUCAUUGAGCGCAUUAGGACAAGUUAUCCAUGCAUUAGCCAGCAAAAAUGUGUCGCAUAUCCCAUAUAGAAAUUCCAAGCUGACAAGGCUACUACAAGAUUCAUUAGAAGGAAACAGCAAAACUGUCCUUAUAGCCACAAUUUCGCCAUCAGCAGAAAAUUUUGAAGAAACUAUCAGCACUUUGACAUUUGCAGAUAGGGCGAAAGAAGUUAUGAUAAAAUCAAAGAAAAAUACAAAUAAUUUAGAUCAAGCCUUAAUGAUAGACCAUUUAAAGCGAGAAAUUGAAAAAUUAAAAAAUAAUUUUUCAGCACAGCAGCAGGUUGAUGACCUUUUUGAGAUGAGGAAAAAAAUUAAAGAGCUAAAGGAAGAAAACGAGCAGCUGAAACAGAUGGCUGAUAUGUAUAGAAACAGUGAAAAAGCAAGAUAUAAAGCGAAAAGUACCUUAGAAAUGACAGAUACAAGAGAAACUAUAUCGCCUUCUCCAGAUCUGGAAGGUUCUCCAGUCUUAAUAGAAGGCUUUAAUACUCCUAUGCCAGGGAUGACUUCUCCUGGGAGAAGCCCCACUUUUUCUCAAAAAUCAGAACAAUAUUUACAGCCAUUCUGCCCAGUCUGCAAGAUAACUCUUCCAUGUAUCCAUUAUUCUUUAUCCCCAAGAAUUCAAAUAAACCAAUCAUCAGACUUAAGCCAAGUCCCUUCAAGCACCACAUUAGAAACUGACCGAAACCUCGACCUAAAGCCACCACCAAAUCACCCCAACCGCAGGCAGCCAAGUGAUACCAAUCUAUAUAUUGAAGAAAAUGAAGAAGAACUCGAAAAAACCAUGCACCAAGUCAGUGCCAUAAAUAAUAGAAUUACAAGGCUAGAAGAGUUUGAAAACGAAAAAAAGCUGCAGAUUAGAAGGGAAAUCGAAAAAAUGGAGUAUGAGAAACGCAAAGAAAUUGAGCUCAGAAUGAUUAAAGAAGCAGAGACUAGGAAAAGACGAGAAAUUUUGAGGGAAAAAAAGCUGAAAGAAGCUAUGAGGAGGAAAAAAAUUGAUGAAGCCAAAAAAUUAGAAGAAAUUAAGAGGUUUCAGGAAUUGGCGAAAAUUGAGGAUAUAAAGAAACAAGCUGAAGCUAUGAGGAAAAAAGCAGAAGAAGAGAAGAAAAAACAAAUUGAAGAGUUCAAUAGGAGUAGGAAAAUUGCCAAAAUAAAAGUGACUGCAGCUAAUGGAGGUUGGUCUAUUGUAUAA